AAUACCGCCACGCUCCACCCAGUCACACACCUCGAUCACACACACACACACCGACAAGCCACAAGCGACAAGCACCAGCAGCAAGGCUCGACCCAACCAGUCACACGCCGUCACACCGAUCAACGAUCAUGGAGCCCGGCCGCGAGCCCACCGGCACGAUCGUCUUCGCCUCCGUCGGGGUCACCAGCUUCGGCUUCGACGUCUUCUCCGUCGCCGCCCCGCAGACUCCGGAGAGCGCGUCCGCCGAGGGGCUGGCUGAGCGCCGCCACACGGACGGCGUCUCCCUCAACUUCAACGCCCAGUUCGCGGAUGAGGGCGGCGAGGAGGUGGCGUUCGUGUCCGAGCGCACCGGCUCGGCGGGCCUCUUCCUGUGCCGCCCCGGGUCCGACCGCGCCGUGCCGCUGCCGGCCGUCGAGGGGAGCCUGUUCCACGACCGCCCCACCGUGAGGGCCGGCCGGCUGUACUUCGUCUCCGCGCACGAGAAGCCGGAUGGGUGGUUCAGGAGCUGGGCGGCGGUGUACGCGACGGACCUGGGCAGCGAGGAGACGGUGCGGGUGACGCCGCAGGGCGUGGCGGACAUGAGCCCCGCCGUGUCCGCGUCCGGCGAGCUCCUCGCCGUCGCCUCGUACGGCGAGAGGCCGUGGGCGUUCGACUUCCACGAGCUCGAGACGGAGGUCGCCGUCUUCCGUGCCGCCGACCCCGCGCGCCGCGUGGUCCUCUCUGCUCGGGGCGGCUGGCCGACCUGGCAUGGGGAGGGCACGGUGUUCUUCCACCGCGUCGCCGAUGACGGCUGGUGGAGCGUCUUCCGGGUGGACAUCUCGCCGGAGACCCUCGAGCCCUGCGGCGCCGAGACGCGCGUGACGCCGCCGGGCGUGCACUGCUUCACCCCUGCCGCCGCGGGCCGUUGGAUCGCCGUGGCGACGCGGCGGAAGGGGCGGGCGCAGCGCCACAUCGAGCUGUUCGACCUCGAGACGGAGCAAUUCACCUCUGUAACGUCGCUGCUCAACCCGGAGCUGCACCACUACAACCCCUUCUUCUCGCCGUCCGGCGCGCGCCUCGGGUACCACCGCUUCCGCGGCGCAGGCGCGCCGGGCGACUCGCUGAUCCCCUACCGGCAGCCGGUGCGCAGCCCGGUGAGCUCCGUCCGCAUGCUCCGCGUGCACGGCUCCUUCCCGUCCUUCUCGCCGGACGCGAAGUACUUGGCCCUCAACGGCGACUUCUUCAAGUCCCCCGGCGUGACGAUCCUCCGCGCCGAUGGCUCCAAGCGAUGGGUGCUCGCCAAGCAGCCCAACCUGUUCUACACCUCGUGGAGCCCCAGCGAGAGCGGGGUGGUGUUCACCUCCGCUGGCCCCAUCUUCGAGACCCCGAAAGCGACGGUCCGGGUUUCGCGCAUCGAGUUCGACCCGAGCGAGCUCACCGACGACCGCGGCGACGUCGACGUGGCCGUGAAGGAGCUGACCCGGCCGGAGGCCGGCAACGACGCGUUCCCGGCGGUGUCGCCGUGCGGGCGGUGGGUGGUGUUCCGGUCGGGCCGGUCGGGCCACAAGAACCUCUACAUCGUGGACGCGGCGCGCGGGGAGGAGACGAUACGGCGGGUCACGGACGGCGAGUGGAUCGACACGAUGCCGAGCUGGUCGCCGGACGGGGAGCUGAUCGCGUUCUCCUCCAACCGGCACGAGCCGGGCAACGCCGCCGUGUUCAGCAUCUACCUGGUGCGGCCGGACGGGACGGGGCUGCGGCGGGUGCACGUGGCCGGGCCGCCGGGGAGCGCGGAGGCGGACAGGGAGCGGAUCAACCACGUGUGCUUCAGCCCGGACGGCGAGUGGCUGCUCUUCACGGCGAACCUCGGCGGCGUGGUGGCCGAGCCCGUCUCCGGGCCGAACCAGUUCCAGCCGUACGGCGACCUGUACGUGUGCCGGCUGGACGGCUCCGGUGUGCGCAGGCUCACCUGCAACGCCUACGAGAACGGCACGCCGACGUGGGGCCCGGCGCUGGGCGUGGAGUCGCCGUCGCUGGGCGCCCCCGCCGCGGACGACUCGCUGGGCGAGUUCGACGAGCCGCUGUGGCUGUCCUGCGACGUGUGAGGGGCGAUUGAUGGGUGCAGCCACGGCGGUUUCGAGUGGCUUCGGUCGAUAAUAAAUGGGGCGAAUGAUCAUGUGCUUAAUUGGAAUGUUGAUGGUGUUGUCAGACGUUUUGUGUUGUUGCUAAGUAAUAAAAUCAAAUGCUUGUGUGA